AUGUGUGUUUGUCAAACCAUGGAAGUGGGGCAGUAUGGCAAGAAUACAAGUCGGGCCGGAGACCGCGGAGUCCUCCUGGAGCCCUUUAUCCACCAGGUGGGCGGACACAGCAGCAUGAUGCGCUACGACGACCACACUGUGUGCAAGCCCCUCAUCUCCCGGGAACAGCGCUUCUACGAGUCCCUCCCUCCUGAAAUGAAGGAGUUCACUCCUGAGUACAAAGGUGUGGUAUCUGUCUGUUUUGAGGGGGACAGUGAUGGUUACAUCAACCUGGUGGCCUACCCUUAUGUGGAAAGUGAGACCGUGGAGCAGGAUGACACACCAGAGCGGGAGCAACCUCGGCGCAAACACUCCCGCCGGAGCCUGCACCGGUCGGGCAGUGGCAGUGACCACAAGGAGGAGAAAGCCAGCCUGCCCCUUGAGACCUCUGAGAGUUCCCUGGAGGCAAAGAGUCCAAAGGUGGAGCUACACUGCCACUCGGAAGUCCCUUUCCAGAUGCUGGAUGGCAACAGUGGUCUGAGCUCUGAGAAGAUCAGCCAUAACCCCUGGAGCCUGCGCUGCCAUAAGCAGCAGCUGAGCCGGUGCGCCUCGGAGUCCAAGGACCGAAAGCUCUACAAGUUCCUCCUGCUUGAGAACGUAGUGCACCAUUUCAAAUUCCCCUGCGUGCUGGACCUGAAGAUGGGCACCCGGCAGCACGGUGAUGAUGCAUCUGCUGAGAAGGCAGCCCGGCAGAUGAGGAAGUGUGAGCAGAGCACAUCAGCUACAUUGGGUGUCAGGGUCUGUGGCAUGCAGGUGUACCAGCUGGACACAGGGCAUUACCUCUGCAGAAACAAAUACUAUGGCCGCGGGCUCUCUAUCGAAGGCUUCCGCAAUGCCCUCUAUCAAUACCUGCACAACGGUCUGGACCUGCGGUGUGACCUCUUUGAGCCCAUCCUGAGCAAACUGCGGGGCCUGAAAGCUGUGCUGGAGCGGCAGGCCUCCUACCGCUUCUACUCCAGCUCCCUGCUUGUCAUUUAUGACGGCAAGGAGUGCCGGGCUGAGCCCUACCUGGACCGUCGGUCUGAGUUGCGUCUCAAGCACCUGGACAUGGGGCUGCCUGAGGUGGCAUCACCCUGUGGCCCCAGCACUGGUCCCAGCAGCACCAGCCCCGAGGUGGGCCCUUCCUCUCCACCCAAGGUGGAUGUCCGCAUGAUCGACUUUGCACACAGCACGUUCAAGGGCUUCCGGGAUGAUCCCACCGUGCACGAUGGGCCGGACCGGGGCUACGUGUUUGGCCUAGAGAACCUCAUCAGCAUCAUGGAACAGAUGCGGGACGAGAACCAGUAGGCCCAAUUCUGGGCCCCCAGAGCCCCUUCCUCUCCACCCGCAGGCAGGGACCAUCACUCUGAACUUGCCGUGAGGACACACAGACUUUGCUUGUAAAGGGUUAUAUUUCUCUUUGGUGUAAACUAAAAGAAAUGUUUUUAGCUGUAGCCUGGAAUCCAUAUAUAUAAAAUGAGGGAGGGCAGCACAUAUGUCCUCUCAGCCAGGCUCCUUAGCUCUAUGGCUCUGACUGCUGUGUCCAGGCUGAUUUAGGAAGGAAGAGGUGCCCUGGUGGGCUUGGCAGCAGGAACAGGGUGCCCUUGGACCUGGGGUUUCUCUUGCCUAGGUCUGUGGCUGCAGGGCCCUGCAGAUUGUGGAGCAAAGCCCUGGGCUGCCUCUUGUCCCUUUUUCCCAAGUGGUCGAGGGGAUUGGGUGCCCAUCUCUUGGGGGCUUUCCAGUCUUGUGCUGUGGGUGUCAACCAGCUCUUUAACAGAUGUCCCCAGAGCACCACAGGGCUGAGAGCACCCAGCUUGAUCCUUGCUUCUUGGUUGUGACCUUGGCAUGGAGGCUAGAUUCUUGAAGCUGGGCUGAGGCCAGCUGACAGCAGAGGGCAGGUCCCCUGGGUUCCCUGGCUACCCCCUGGCACUUCAACUGGCUCUUCCUUCUGCCCACAGGGCCCAGCCAGCCUCUCACCAAGAUCUCUGCCUAGGGAGGCCAUCCCUGUCUGCCCCCUCUGAGGGGGACCCAACUCAGUCUGCUGAGAAAAGUGGUGUCCCAGCAGGCCUCAGCACCUCUGGUGGCUCUGGCUCAGACAGUGUUUGCAGCUCUUGUGCUGUGGGUGGGGAGUCUUCCUCCUCCAGCUGGGGUGACUGUGCUACCUCUGGAUGGGCUGCCCCUCCCCAGGGCUCAAAGGCUGUGGUCUGCUCAGGGUCUCACCUCACAUUUCCCAGGCCAAGCUCAAGGCAGCAGCUCAUUUGUGAGGAGCUACAGGCCCAGGGCCUGGAGGGAGAACUGUCAUCUUGUCUGCUUAUAGGGAUAGUGGCUGAGAACUUUGACCAUACCUGGGGUCUGUCAGUAUGUCCAUUUGUUCAUCUGCCAGCCUCUGACUCAGGGGGUCCUUCACCUGGGGUAUAAUCUUGCUCAUUAGAAAAUACUGCUUUCUGUUGUGCUUUCCUCAGCAAAAUUCCUUUGUCCCUUUCUGAGGUGAGCUUUUUGCCCCUGUACAGGUGCUUGCCUUUUUACAAAGAACUGUAGCAGAAUGAAUUUAAGAGCCAUUUCCCUGCUGGCCUAGCACCUCCUUUGCAGGCCUGGUGUAUGGCCCCUAACACUGACAAUGGUGCAAAGAAGGCCUAAGGGUUGACCCCUCUCAUGGUUUUAGUCAUUUUUGCUACCAGCCCUUAAUGACACAGAACCUGCCGCCUCUCACACACACAGCCAGGAGGUGCCCCUGCACACACCUAGCCAUUGCUGACAUUAAUGCUCUCACCUCCAGGCCUAGGAUCACUGUCAUUGUCACUUUUGGCAUGUUCCUGUUUAGCAUUAAAGGUAAGUUACCUGCCAGGCCUUGGUUCCUGAGGGGCUAAUUUCCUUGGUAACUGAUGCAGCCCCACAUCUUAAAUGGACCCCUUGGUAGAUUCCUGUGUCUCUCAGCCCUUUGACCCCAGGUGCCAACAGUGGGCAGGUUCUCCUUCUGGUCGGUAAUGACCGUCUUCUCUUCUGUACCGUUCUGUGGCUUUGGCCAUGGGGAUAGUGGUCCUUUGUUACUGUAGAUGGUCAUUUCCUGGGAGGGCAAAGGGCAAGACAGUCUGGGGCCAUUUGGGGACCCUCUUGACUGACCCUCUCCAGCCUGGCAAUGUACUGGGACUCCUGAGUUGUAGAUUCUGGGAGCAGAUGCUGCCCUGUUCUGCUGCUCCUCAUGGUGAGGGAGGCUCUGCCCAUUUACAUUCAUUGUUUUCCUGGCACUAAAAAGAGAAGGGCCUGAGAUUUGUUGCUGGUCCCUGGCACAGGACUCCCCCCCCCCCCCCCCAGCACUUUUGACACUUAGAGACAUAGCCCUGUUAGCUAGCUAGUGGUGGGCAUAUGUGUGUGUACACACUCUCUGCUACUGCCCUUUCUCCCUUCUCCAGGCCAGAGAGCCCUGUCCCUGCCAGGACCUGCCUUUCCAGCCCCAACUUGGGACCAAGUUUAACUCGGGAUGACGGGUUGGGACGUUCAGGUGACCCCUCUCUACAGUGCUUCCCCGGGCCAAAUCCACACCAGUCCCAGGGUGGGGGCAGGGCGGUGCUUAAAGGGGAAGAGGACCAGUUUAGCAACUUGUCAGGGACCCCCACCCCUCUCCCUUGGGGCCUGAGCAAUGGGCGUGGAGAUUCCCCCCAAGGGGCCAGGGAACCCAGGCUAGAUCCGUAACCGCUGCUCACUUGCUCAUACUUGGCCACGUGCACGUUCCCUAGAAGCAGGUUGCUUUUAACUUAAACUGUACAAUUUGUUUCUGUUCGUGCCAAUUUUAAAAAUGGUUUAAUUAGGAAAAACCGUGGGAAGAACCUGGUUUCAUUGCUUCUCGGGGAAUAUAAGGCCUAAACUUGAGGGACUCGCUCUCUGUUCCUCUUUCCUGGAAGCUGACUAAGCCUGUCCACAUCGUUCGAGGCCUGUGCCCCGAUGCUACAGGUGGCACCUGCUGCGUCUCCUCGCAGUUGUGUCUUCCCGGGACCUUGUGUGUUUGGGGGGAGAGGCUCGUCUUGGAUCGAGCUCACCUCCUUUUGUGCACCUAGCGCUUCCCGCCCCGCUUGUGUCUGAGGUCGUGUACGUCAAAAUAAAGCCGCUAGAAACUGAAA